UGUUGUGAGCCCCGUUUUGGAAUAGGCGUCUAUGAAUCUUACUUCCUAGGUGGCCUUAGGUUUCCUUUAAAUGCCUUUGCUAGGGAGUUACUAGUCAAAUUAGGUCUAGGUGUUUGUCAAUUCAAUCCCAACGCAUGGAGAUUAAUUAUCUCCAUGCAAAUUUUGUGGAGGGAAGUUUUUGGUAAGGACCGUCCUCUUACAGUGGACGAGUUCCUUUAUUGUUAUAAACCUUCUGCCAUAAGCCAGUCUGAAGGUUUUUACCAAUUUACUGCUAGAGGGAAUGAUUGUAGGUUGAUCAAGUCCCUAGCUUCGUCUGAUAGGAAGUGGAAGACGGAGUUUAUUUUUAUUUCAGGCUUCUGGGCUGGGAACCCUGUGGACGUUGGCAGGGAUCCCUUUCCUCCUUACACUGGGGACCUGGGGAACCUUCGUCCAGAAGCUGCCAAACGUCCGUCCUUGAGCAAAUUUCACCGUGACCGCGUCCACAGGGCCCGUCUACACGCAGACAGGAGCUUCCAUUCCCUUGUCACGCUUAGGCGUCUGGCCAAGUGGGGUUUAGGUCCCGAGCCUUCAGACGAAGCUAUAGCCCACGAAGUCACUGUGCGAAAAAGAAUGUCAACAAUGAAAGAGAACCGAGGAAAAGAGAUCGCAGGAGAGGGGAAACGUCCUGAGGGUCAAGCCCAGGAUCGUCCAACGGCUGGGGACAAAAGAAAGUUCUUGCCUAAGAACAUUGACCUGGAUGGGCUCCCCAGUCGAAGAGAUAAAAGGGUUAAACAAAGCUCGUCCAAGGUGGUCAAGUCCAAACCACCCUCGUCUCAGCCUGCCGUCCAAAUAGUUGAUGUGGACUCGUCCACUCCAGUUGAGUCCACCCCGUCCAAGACUCCUCCCAGAACUCCUGUGGCCAGAUCUACCAUGCCUGGCUCGUCCCAGCCUUCUAUGAAUAUUAUUGCAAAUGAAGACCUGGCUUGGGAACGGUUCCAGAUGGCCGUCAAGGACGAGGAUAUAAACAUGUGCUAUAACAUGGGCUUGAAGGAAUUUGAGCAUUCAGGCGUCCAUGACCUUUUCAAGGCCAUGUCGAAGUUUAUAGCAGCGUCUAGACAGGCAACGGAGCUGGACAAGACGAGAGUCUUGUUGGAGACGAGGAUUCAGGAGGUGAACGCUGACUGUAAGAAAUGGGCUGGGUUUGCUGAAAAAGCUAAGGACGAGGUCAAAGAGCAUAACAAGCUGAUUGAGGAGCUAAGGACGGAUGCAUUGGAGAAGGAGACGCGCAUUGAUCACUUACAACAGGUGAACAAUGAGUUGAAUGCUCGUCUUUCCAAGGCAAGAGAGGACGCUGUGGCUGAGUUCAAGUCGUCCAAAGAGUAUACAGACACUUUGGAUCGCAAUUAUGCAGCUGGUUUUGAAGAUUUCAGAAUGGACGCUGUUGAAAACUUUCCUGAAGUUGACUUCAGCACAAUCAAGCUUAACCUUGCUGCUGCCACAAGCUCUCUCCUCCAGACUGGCUCUGAUGAUGUCAACGUGGAAGACGACGCCAGCACUCAGCCUCCUCAGGACGAGCCUACAGUGAAUGCUCCCCCUUCUUAGGACGGGAUUUUAAACUUUGUAGCUUUGCUUUUUCUUUCUUCUCUC